GAGGCUGGCGCGCAUGCGCGGACCGGAUCGGUUCUGUGUCUUCCGCGUCAUUUGUUGCUAUGCAGAGCUGAGCACAGAGAAGACAGAUUGGCUUCCUCCGGACACAGCGCACUUCUCUCCGGGCAGUGGGCAGCACACAGGCCGGUCACCGAGUAGUCCCCGGUCACUGAGAGCACCGGACAGCCGCUUCUGCGCGUGUCUCCGUUUUCUGAGAGGCUUCAUGACACCCCGACCCGUCUGUGAACACUGACAGCUGAACAAUGGGCCCGACCGGCCUGCUGGGCCUCCUCCUCCUCCCCCUACUGUACUGUCCUCAGAUAUAUGCAAGCAAAGGAAUUUUGCGCUCGGCUGUCAUUGAGGAGCCUUCAAAAGCAAAGGAUUAUUGUAUUACAUAUAAUUCGACAUGGACAACACUUCCACCAACCUAUACAAACGCAACCCUUUACAGGUUGUUGGACUUAAGCUCAGUUUGGCUGUGCAGCCCUUCAGACGUUCCCAGUGCAGGAUUUCGGGACAUGGCAGUCAUUGUGAUGGAUGGAAACUGCUCCAUGAUGGAUAAAGCUCUUUUAGCUCAGAAAUACAAUGCUAAAAUGCUGCUUCUUGCCACUAGAGACGGUCUGCCUGCUCCCCAAGACAGCAAAAGCAACCUCUUGACAAUACCGAUUGCAUAUAUAAAAUAUGGAGAUGUCAUAAACAUGGCACAGGUGCUUGGAAAGGAUAUUGCUGUGUCUUUGUACUCCCCUCCGCUCACACUGUUUGAUUUCAGCCUGCUGGUUAUUUUCCUUAUUUCUGUGUUCACUGUGGCAUUGGGUGGUUACUGGAGCGGACUGUCUGAGAUGGAAGACUUGAGACCUUCUCCAAGUGAAGAUGAAUGCGAAGGAAGAAAAAAGAAAGAUGAAAAUGUGACAUUUACACCUCUCACUGUUAUCCUGUUUGUUGUCAUUUGUUGUGUCAUGCUGCUUCUCCUGUACUUCUUCUACAAAUGGCUAGUGUAUGUUAUCAUUUGUGUGUUUUGUCUGGCAUCUGCAAUGAGCUUAUUCAACUGCCUUUCUGCAUUGAUCCGGAAUAUCCCAUAUGGAAAAUGCAGAAUUUCAUGCUUCAGUAAAAGCGGUGAAGUGAGGCUCCUUUUCUUGGCUGCCUUCUGCAUAGCUGUGUCUGUGACCUGGGCAGUGUUCCGAAAUGAAGAUAGGUGGAUAUGGAUAUUGCAAGAUCUUCUGGGAAUUGCAUUCUGCCUCAAUUUUAUAAAAACUCUGCGAAUGCCAAAUUUCAAGGCCUGCGUGAUCCUUCUAGGACUCCUUCUUUUAUAUGAUGUGUUUUUUGUGUUUAUAACUCCAUUCAUCACAAAGAAUGGUGAGAGCAUCAUGGUUGAAGUUGCAGCUGGCCCCUCAGAAAGAUCUGAAAAGAGUGGUGAGAUCUAUGUGGAGGUGCCUGCUGAUUCUCAACCCACCUACGAGAAAUUACCUGUAGUGAUUAGGGUGCCUAGGCUCCAGUACUCUGCUCUGACAUUGUGUGAAAUACCUAUGUCCUUGUUGGGCUUUGGAGAUAUAAUUGUGCCUGGUCUCUUGGUUGCCUACUGCAGAAGAUUUGAUGUACGAACAUCCUCUUCAAGUAUAUAUUAUAUAUCCUGCACCAUAGCUUAUGCUGUGGGGAUGGUCUUGACAUUCAUCAUUCUAAUGGUGAUGAAGACAGGCCAGCCAGCGCUCCUGUAUCUAGUGCCAUGUACUCUUCUGACUAGUUCUGUUAUUGCCUGGAGAAGAAAGGAAAUGAAGAAGUUCUGGAAUGGAGGAAGUUAUGAGAUAAUGGAACAAACAGACAAUGCUGUUAAUGAAGAAAAUAGUAUUACAGGUGAAGCACAAGAAGUUCAGUGAUGUAACCAUUAUGCUUUUAUGAACUUAAUUUUUUUUUUUUUUUGAUCUGGUAUUUUCAGAUAGGUUUAGAAAUCUUCUGCUGUAUUCUCCCUGUUGAAAUUGUAAUCUGAAUAUAUUUUCUAGAUUUUUUUUUUUUUAUUGUAUGUAAAUCCAGAAGGGGAGGGAGGUUUAUGAAAAAAAAUGUAAUAUAUUUGUUACUGGCUAACAUGGUACAAUUUUCUUUUCCACUUCUAAUGUUGGGAAGAUCUAUUUCUAUUACAUUGUGCCUUACUUCAGAUAAAAAAGGUCUUUUGAUCUUUGCACUGUAACAAAAGUAGGCAACAGUGGUGUCAUCCAGCCCUUCCACUGUAGGUUGACCUAAAAGGGAACACCUUACUAUGGUGGUGAGACUUAUCUAAUAGCUGUCAUACUUGCACCAGUUUGAAAAGUUUACAGGUUUUUUUUAUUUUAUGGUCAGUGCACAAUUUUUUUUUUAAAUGUUUUAGAAGGACAAAGUCACCCAUGGAAACCUUUCCUGGUUCUGUCUUUUAGUCCAAAGCAUCUCAUACCACCAGCUACUGGAGAGCUCUUAGGUGUGGCCUUGUAAAUUCAAGUGUACCAUCUUUGCUACCAGUACACUGGAAUUGCAUAACAAGAUGGCAGGAGAUUCAACCAACUUGCAUCUGCUUACAGCUGAAAUGUAAGAUUUGGGUAUACCUUUACAACCUGAUGCAUUGUAUGUUUUGUGUUUUAGUCCUUCAGCAGAUAGAAUGUGCCAAAUCCACAGAAUGCUGUGGGAAAUCUCUGACAAGGCAGAUAUGCUGGAGAAAUAUGGUAACAAAUGAGUAACGCGCUCCUGAUGAGUUUGUAGCGGUAGGCUUUAUCUCACCCCUAUUCUGGAGCUUUUGUUCAUUUUAAGCCAGUCAUGUACAGAUAUAGUUGUGCCAUGUUGUAUUCUUUACUAACACAGACAUACAGUGAUUUUGUUAAUAUUUUUCAAAUUGCUGUUAAAUACUCUGAAUCCUGUUAAUUUAAAACUGUGUAUUCUUAAGAUAUCUGGGACAUGGCGUGCACAGUACUUUAUUUUUUGGCACCAGAAAUGCAUUUUAAUUCCUGUACGGACACCCAUGUCUUCCCAAAGAGAGAUAUUUAUAACAAUCAUCACACCACGCCCCCCCAUUACCUAUAUACCAAACUUACUCCAUAACACUUAAAGCGGAGUUCCACCCAUAUAAAAGCAGCUACAAAAACAUUUAAUAAUCGGACACUUGCCUGUCCCACGGUCCAGCGAUGCAGGCGACCGACCUGUGACGUGUCCCAGAAGAUUGCAGGGAGGGAGGGGUGAGAGGUAAACUUCCUUCCGGUGGUGCUGAGCCUCGGGAGAAAGUAAGAGCUGGAUACCCUCUAAAAAGAGGGUAUCUGCUUCCCCCCCCCCC